GGAGCCAGCCGGAGGUCUUGCCGGCCCCCCGCAGCGGGACCCCAGCGCAGAGACGAGGCCGGGGCGGGCAGACCCAGAGCAAAGAAGCACGGACUUCCGAGGCUCCAGUCUGCCGAUGAGUAAAAGCAAACGCCCGGAGGCACGGAUGUCUUCUGCUGCGGUCCCGGCUAAGGAGCCCAACGCUGUGGGCCCAAAGGCGGUGGAACUCGUCCUGGUCAAGGAGCAAAAUGGGGUGCAGCUCACAAACUCUACCCUCAUCAACCGCACGCAGACCCCCACGGAGACCCAAGAGCGAGAGACCUGGAGCAAGAAAAUUGACUUCCUCCUGUCCGUGAUCGGCUUUGCGGUGGACCUGGCCAACGUCUGGCGAUUUCCGUACCUGUGCUACAAGAAUGGCGGUGGCGCCUUCCUGGUCCCCUACCUGCUGUUCAUGGUCAUUGCUGGAAUGCCACUGUUCUACAUGGAGCUGGCUCUCGGGCAGUUCAACAGGGAAGGGGCUGCCGGCGUCUGGAAGAUCUGCCCCAUCCUGAAAGGCGUGGGCUUCACGGUCAUCCUCAUCUCGCUGUACGUCGGUUUCUUCUACAACGUCAUUAUCGCCUGGGCGCUGCAUUACCUCUUCUCGUCCUUCACCGCGGAGCUGCCGUGGGUCCACUGCAACAACACGUGGAACAGCCCCAACUGCUCAGACGCCCGCUCCAGCAACCCCAGCUCCGGCCCCAACGACACCUUCAGGACCACGCCGGCCACCGAGUACUUUGAGCGUGGCGUGCUGCACCUCCACGAGAGCCACGGCAUCGAUGACUUGGGUCCCCCCCGGUGGCAGCUCACAUCCUGCCUGGUGCUGGUCAUCGUCCUGCUGUACUUCAGCUUGUGGAAGGGGGUGAAGACGUCUGGGAAGGUUGUGUGGAUCACAGCCACCAUGCCAUAUGUGGUCCUCUUUGCCCUGCUUCUGCGAGGAAUCACUCUCCCUGGGGCCGUCGAUGGCAUCAGAGCAUACCUGAGCGUAGACUUCCAUCGGCUCUGUGAGUCUUCUGUCUGGAUAGACGCUGCCACCCAGGUGUGCUUCUCGCUGGGCGUUGGGUUUGGGGUGCUAAUUGCCUUCUCCAGCUACAAUAAAUUCACCAACAACUGCUACAGAGAUGCGGUCAUCACCACCUCGGUCAAUUCCCUGACGAGCUUCUCCUCCGGCUUCGUGGUCUUCUCCUUCCUGGGGUACAUGGCCCAGAAGCACAGCGUGCCCAUCGGGGACGUGGCCAAGGAUGGGCCUGGUCUCAUCUUCAUCAUCUACCCCGAGGCGCUGGCCACGCUCCCGCUGUCCUCAGCCUGGGCCGUGAUUUUCUUCAUCAUGCUGCUCACCCUGGGGAUUGACAGCGCCAUGGGCGGGAUGGAGUCGGUGAUCACCGGGCUCGUUGACGAGUUCCAGCUGCUGCACAGGCACCGGGAGCUCUUCACCCUCUUCGUCGUCCUGGCCACCUUCCUCCUCUCGCUCUUCUGUGUUACCAACGGCGGCAUCUACGUCUUCACGCUGCUGGACCACUUUGCGGCCGGCACGUCCAUCCUCUUUGGAGUGCUUAUCGAGGCCAUCGGGGUGGCCUGGUUCUACGGCGUGAGGCAGUUUAGCGAGGACAUCAAGCAGAUGACCGGGCAGCGGCCCAGCCUCUACUGGAGGCUAUGCUGGAAGUUCGUCAGCCCCUGCUUCCUCCUGUUUGUGGUGGUGGUGAGUAUUGUGACCUUCAGGCCCCCGCACUACGGAGCCUACAUCUUCCCCGAGUGGGCCAACGCGCUGGGCUGGGCCAUCGCCACGUCCUCCAUGUCCAUGGUGCCCAUCUACGCAGCCUACAAGUUCUGCAGCCUGCCCGGCUCGCUGCGGGAGAAACUGGCCUAUGCCAUCACGCCCGAGCAGGAGCGCGAGCUGGUGGACAGCGGAGAGAUACGCCAGUUCAGGCUGCGUCACUGGCUCCUGGUGUAGACGGCGUGGAGGAGGCCCGGGACGGCCGCCCCACUGCAGGAGAGACACCCGCACAGAGGGGAACCCGGCUUCGAGAGGAAGGCGGGGGCGCCGACCGUCGACUCCUGCUUUCCCAGAACCACGCGGAGGCUCUGUCUCCGGGCCACUAGCGCCCUUCCUUUGCCACCGGAGAGGACUGGUCGUCUGUGCUGUGUCGUGAUCGCUUAACGUAGAUCUUGUGCCCCUUCCUGCAGGUAGAAAACGUCCGUUGUGUUGUUUGUGCCGAGCCCGCCCCCUUACAGCCCCGCCCCCCGCCGCUGCCCUGCAGCGCGGGCCUUGCUGUCCUUGCUGUGUCAGGAGAAAGCGGUCACUGUGGAUGCUGAGAGCCCAGUGCUCGUCACUCCUGGGUAUUUGUUUUGCUCAAACUGAAAGAGCCAAAUGUCAUAUGUUGCCUAAUUGUGCAGAAGGUGCGCUGGGGAAACCACACAAGGCAAUAAAGUGGGGGCCACUGCGCGUCCCCACACCACACACCCCGUGUGCUCAGAGCCCGCCUGGGGUUCUGUUGUGCCAUGGGGAUGCUCUGUAUUCCCUUCGAGCUGACAGAAAUACAACUCCGGGCUUCCGCGUGGGCUGCUGCCCCUCCUGCUCACUGUGGGACCUGUUCAGCCGUGGCCGCCUCACCGCGGACCCCCGGCCACGGGAGGAAGGGGCGCGUGCCCACCCGCUGGGCCCUGACCGCUCAGAGCGCCUGUGGCAGGCAGCCUGGAGACCCAGGACCUGGGGAGGAAGCCCCCACCGGAUUUCAGUUCUCUCGGGCACACGUCACAUCCGCAGCAAGGCUGCUCGUGUUGGGAGUGGCUGUUAGAGUCCUGGUUCCUGUGAGUCAGUACUCAUUCUCAGAACGCGGGGCUGCUCUCUGAAGAUCUGUGAUGCUGCGGGCGCCGUUGUUGAGCAUGUCGGCAGUCCCGAGCGAGGACGGUGGCCGCGCUGCUCCCCGCACCCUGGCACCGCCCGACAGGAACGCGGCUGCCGGAAGGGGGAGGCUGCUCGCGGCUCCGUGCCCCUGGUGCCAAGAGCUCACACCGUGAGCGCCGUCGUGCGGCCGUCCCCGGUGAGGGGCCCUGGGUGCCGGGCGCUGAGGAGCUUACCGCUCAGGAAACUAGCUCGCUCGUGGACUGCAGGUGGCUGGCGGCUGCUGCCAGGAGGAAUCGGGUUUACCUUUGCCUUUCGAGGCGCCUUGAGUACUCUGCGUAGACAGCGGUGUCGCAGCGUCUCUGUCUGUCUGUGUCCAUAGUCGACACCCUGUGUGAGUCGUCUCCAACAAUAAAUCUGUGUGGGAAAAUGGA